AUGAUACCCCAAACGAUCCUUACCAUCGCCGCCCUCGCCGGCACCACCCUCGCCCAAACCGUCACUCCACCUCCCCACCCAACCGCCACCUCUUCCCCGGCCCAAGCCUCCGAAGAUUCGCUCUACUCCCUCUGCACCUCCCAACUAAACGCCUACCAGCGCCUGCGCCCUUCGCCCGCCCGGCAGGUAGAAGCCUUCUUCGACAAUGCCCCCGAGCUCCAGGAUCCUCGAAAUAGGUACUGGGAUCACGACCGCAUCGACUCCCAAUGCAAACGCGUCUGGGACGCGCGGAACACCAUGGGCGCCACCGCUGCUCCGUCGCUCGCCUCUCAGUUCUCCGCUUUUACCUCGAGCUGGAACAGCUGGGUAGCUAACAUCAAGGAGGAAGCGUUGGAGUGGGCAACGAAGUGUAAUGAGUUUGGGGACAGUCCUUCAGGGUUUGAUGGGGAGCCUAACAAGAGAUGGGGCGCGAACUUUUAUGCGUUAAUUGUUACCGACGAGGCGGGGUGCAAGACGGCGAUGAGUGACUGGUUGGGUGUUGCUGCUCGGACAAGGGCGACGGAUCCUACGGCGAGUGAGACGAGUUUGGCGACGACAAAGGGUGAAGAGGCGGAGGAGCCGACAACUGCGGGGAAUACACCUGCAAGCAUCGAUCAGGUGAGCACAACGACUUCGUCGGCGGGGGUGGCGCAGAUGACGGGUUUGGGAGGGGUUAUGAUGGGGAUUGUUGCUGUUGGUGGAGCGGUUGCGGGAGGGUUGCUCUAA